CCGAGCCAGGCAAGGAACUUUUCAGUGGGCAUAGUGGCACGACAGGGAUCAUGUCGCUUAAAUUUCCUCUCAUUUUUAUUCAGGAAAUGGAACGUGCGGGUAUCUUCCUCGGAAUCAUGGGUAAAAGGGCCAGCAAGCUCAGUAAGGAUGAGAUCAAAGAACUCGAAGAGUCGACCUACUUUGACGCUAAACAGCUGAGGAAAUGGCACCAGGAAUUCCUAAGAGACUGUCCCAGUGGAUUUAUGACAAAAGAGGAAUUUCGAAAGAUCUACGGACAGUUCUUUCCUUGCGGAGACCCAACGAAAUUCGUGGAUUACAUAUUCAACGUCUUCGACCAAGACAAGAAUGGCGUUAUAACCUUCAAAGAGUUCAUUCGGGCCAUCUCCAUAACCACGAAGGGGAAUAUAGACGAGAAACUAAACUGGGCGUUCGAUCUGUACGAUCUGGACAACGAUGGUUUCGUGACCAGGGCGGAAAUGCUGGACAUUGUGACCGCCAUCUACGUCUUGCACGGAAAGGUGGGACCCGCCGAUACUACGGGCACGGACAACCCUCGGAAGAGGGUUGACCAGCUUUUUGCCAAGCUGGACACGGAUGCAGACGCCAGGAUCAGCCGUGAAGAAUUCUGCGAGGGGUUCAAGACCGAUCCCUGGAUCCGUAAAGCUCUGCUCAACGCCGUCAACAUGUCCGAACAGUCCCGAAACCUACGCAGUUUCUCGACCACUUCUUCCGAGUGAUGAAUCUUCUCGCAUCUUCCUUCAAAGGCUCUUCAUUCAUUCCCAGUGGAAUAUUCUUCUAUAUUUGCAGCUCACGUAGAAACGGACUUUCGUCUCUUGUAUAAACUCUCAUUCUUGCCGGUCUCUGCUAUAGAUACACAUUCCUGGACGCCGACCGUGCGAAGAUUCCUAUACUUUCUCGGUACUCGAUAUAGCACCCUAAAGGUACCGUACAGCAGGUGAGGCGUAAUCUCAUAAAAUGUGUUAAUUCAACAGCGCAAGCCCGGAGGACCAUAACGCCACAGUUUUCAUCCCAGUCACACUCAUCUUUUUUCUAGAAAAUCAAAAUGGAAAAAAUUGCGGUCAACACUGUGCCGAAGUAGACGCCAACUUUUGAUUGCCCGUCAAGUAAGGUGGCAAAGCUACAUUGCAAGCUCGUAACACUGUGUCUAACGCAGUGGCGUCAACGAUGCGCCGCGUGCAAAAAAAGAAAUCACAAGAUGCCCCCCUUAACUGAAUGGAGUCUCACACCAUGCGCAGCCCCGCCAGGUAUAAUGCAAUUUUGAGCGAAUUUUUAAAUAUUUUAAAAUUCGCUCAAAAGAUGUCGCUCUAAAAAUUUUAGGGCGACAUGCCACGUGUAUGCUCUACGGUACCUUUAAUAUUCCAUUCUGUACAGACGAAUUGUACCCUUCUCUCUCUCCUUCAGUGUCUGUGCAUCUAGAGUCAUGUUGUUAAGGAAACGCAACAAAGGGCCUCGCCGCUUCAGCUACCUUAAAAAAAACAAAAGAAUAGCUCUCAUACGCAACGUUUGGAGGGUCUUGUAAUGAAGGAUGGGAAAGAGGGACUUUGUACCCCAACUCUCUCUCUCUCGUUUGAAGACUGUGUACUGUGCCGUGCAAUGCUGCUUAAGGGAGGAAUGACUUCAAUAUUGCAACGUGGAACAUAGCCCAAGGUUAUGCUGAGAUAUGCGACCGGCUAAAUGUUCCGAGUGGCUAAGUUCUAUUUGCUGUACUCGAAUUAGUAUUGUGCCCGUUACCUUUGUAUGAGACCCGCUGCUGCACUGCAAAGUAGCGUCACUACAAAAUUAAAGAAUAGGGAGUUUUAGGAAAUAUUCAUCAGAAAAACCUUACGUGCAACGUCACCGCGCCGUUAUUAUCUUCGGAAAUAAUAAGCGAGCUUCAGUUACAUCAAAAAGUGUUCACGAUAACAUGAUACGCCAAUCGCCAUGUUUCUUUGAAGUGGGUCACAUCACAUUGCUAAGCUUCGAUUUGAUAACUUCACUUAUCGUAUCGUUUUCUUAGGGCUCCUUCUGAUGUGCUAAAACUUCCUCGUAAGCUCCCUCCGGUUACGUAUUGCUGUCAGUCAAUCAGAUAUCAGCAACGUGACGUCACCCACUCCAAAGGAAUCAAGAAAUUGGCUUAUGAUGUUUUCGGAAACGUUUUCGUGAAACUUCUACGUUUUCCUAAACCUUUCUAGCAGCGAGGUUUAGUGCAUCGGAAGAAUUCCACGAUAACGAUACGAUAAAGCAAAGGCUGUUAUCAAAUCUAAGUUCACCAAUGUGGUGUCAUCCGCUUGAAGGAAACAGGGCGAUUGGCUUUUGUAUUGUGGACUGAUUAGAUAAGUCGCAAAAUUACCCAAGCAGCACAAUGUACUGAAAGUCGAGUGCAAUAGGGGUGGACGGGUAGGUGGAAGGCCUUGAACAGACCUGUGAAACUAAGGAGCGCUGAUAAGACACGUACCGUCCACCCCCAUUGCACUCGACGUUCGGUACAUUGUGCUGCUUGGGUAGUGAGCCCACCCUCCUUAACGCUUUAGCCUGUGGGCUCGUUGGAUGGCUAGGGGGCGCCCUCGCUCACUGUCAUGAGUGCCACCUGUGGUGGCAAGGAUAAGUUAUUUCCAGCAUUUGUUUCAGUUAUUUCGCAGUUUCCUGCAGUUAUCAGGCACAUAACUGCACAUCAGACAUUGUAUACAUUCACUGAAGUAGGUCGAACACAAGACAGAAUCCACGUGUGACGUCGCCAACAUCGUCAUCUACGCUUGUAGAAUAUACUCGAAAACUUUUCCCCCGCCCGCCACCAGGGGAGAAAGCCGGUGCCAGUGUCGCCGUGCUAAACUCUGGCCGAAAGUCCCUAUGUCCUUAACUUACUGAUUCGCUUUAUUUUCCCCAACACAGUCAACAACUGAGGCCCGUUCUAAAACUUUGUCCAAUUGCUUUUGCACUUUAGUAUAACACUGCAUCGUGUGCUUCAGAAGAGUGCCAACGCCCCUGUGCUUUACAUUUAACACACUCCAAAUUUGACGAUUGGCUUAUCCUGUUUUCGGAACUGUUAUCGUGAACACCUUCCGAUGUACUAAAACUUGCUAUUAUCUUAAUCUACGUCAUAGUGUGCAACGCAAUAAUUUUUCGAUACCACAAAAUGCGCGAUGCGGAGUUUGCCGCCACGCGAAUUUGUAGCAGAAAUACUUUUUCCGCGAUGAAUCUAAAAUGUAGCAGGAUGGCUGCUUCGCUACUGAAAAAAAAAAAAAAAAGAUAAAAAUAAUAAUAAAUGUGGAGCAUGGUAGCGGCGCCUCUAGUAGCGACGCUAUGUACAACACUGACUCGAAUGCGGCUUGUUCUCAAAGCAUGACAGCAUAUAAAACGAGGUUACUUUUACUGUAACUGUGGGCAAUCAUAAGAAGCAAUACGAGAAAGAAAAUAGGUCGAAUAAACAGGACACUGCUCAACAUAGCAUAAAAUCUCUGAAGGUUACACGUACAAACCUUCUUUGAAACUUUUCCUUUCCUUUUUUUUUUUUUUUCUUUGCCGACGGUAACCUUUUCACGUGUUUUCGAACAAUCAUUCGAUUUAGCAAAUGUUAUAAUUUUCGAUAAUAAAUAAAUUUCGCAAUAAUGAAUUUCGAUUUAGCAAUAUGACGUCGAAGGAUAAGGUAAUAUCCAUACUCCCGAACGCGUCAUUCAAAUCACCAACAAUAAGCCUCAAGAACACGUCCAAUCGAACACGUCUUCUUGGUCUCAAGCUUUUGCAAACCAAUGGUACUUUGUAGUGACUUUCAACAAGCAGACAUUGUGUGGCGCUGACACCACUGUAGUGUUAUGUAAGUUCAUUUCAUCACUAAUGCAAAUCUUCUUUUUAUGACCUUACCAUUGAUACCGCUAAGGAUCUCUCGCCUCAAAUGGUGAUUUUUACGAGGAAAAUGUUCACGACUCUUUUUUCCUUCUAUUGAAGUUCAAUAGGAAAGGUCACACGCAAUAUACUUGUCCUUAAUGUAAGGCGUGUACGGGCUUGCAGCAAGGCUCGGUGUCCUUAGUUUCUGUAUCCUUGAGAGAGAGAAAAAAAAGAAAAGUGUAAAUACGGAAGUAGGGAUAACCUUGUAAUAAUACGUUCGAACUUUCAAUUAAAUUUAAGUUUAUUUUCCUUUUGCUUGAAAGCGCUAGUAAGAAUCCAAGGAGUCUUGACAAAGGCUCCUCUCCCAAUUUACACUGUACAGCAGCAGUUACAACAUGAAUACACAAGCAGGUAUUAUCUUUAUCGAGUAUUUAUCAAGUCUCGCAAUUAUCUCAUAAUACAGGUGUGAGGCUCUCAAUAUCUAUUAUUGAAUAUAUUGUAUCUUUCGCACUGUUGCAAGAACAGAAGGAAUGGAAGUUUUUUGUUGGGCGCUCGUAUGUAAACGAUAUUUCAAUGACGAAACGUUCCAACGCGAUUUGCUUCUGUCCCACGUGUCCUCAUUCAGGAUGCCCAUGGGGCUUAAUUUGUGUUCAGAGCGAUGAGCCGCUUAGUGGUGCUAUCCUUCGCUAGGCUAAGACAGCUGCCACGCCUAUUGUUGACAAUGUUUCACCAAUACCGUUUCUUGUUUCUUUCCUCAUGAGUUGAAUGGCAUGUAUAGGAUGUCUUUGGAAAGAGUGGAGAGGUUAUCAUGGACAAUGGAUCGCAGAAGAAAUUCGGGCUGUCGAACACUUUCUGAAUAAUUUACUUGCUUAACAACUGCUAAGAACUGAAUGACAGGUAUCUUUAUGGUUAGUACAGUCUGAUGAGCUUAUGAAAACGUAACCGCAGUGCAACACAUAAGCGCAAUUCCUCGUCCCACUGUUGUCUUGGGAAAGAUAAGGUCAUCGAGUGGUACUUCAAGGUGGAACUUUACUUUAAGCGCGUAUCCACAAGAGCGACAUUCGUGCGGAAUAUUCUAGUGGAAGAUAAAAGCACAAACUGUUCACGGGGCGGAAGUUCCGCCGCGUUUUAUGCUGUGCAUUCGCACGGCGCCAGAAUAUCGGGAGCGGCGUACUGGGCACAUAGCAGACGACAUCAUCGGAUCUGUCGUCUGCUAACGAAUAUCCCCCAUGAUUAGAAGAGCACGAAAAGACAUGACAUGACAUGUGGAGUACUUGCGCUCACGUGGUAGCAGAAAGCUAUGACGUCUUCUGCAUUCUCUCCUGGAGUAUUCUCUCCACAGGCCGGUCGCUGUGGCAUCGCGCGACGUAAACCCCCAAUUAUUAUCUAUUAUUAAAAUCCUGUAGUAUUAUGUGUAAUGUCGUUCGUGUGAAUACUCGGUAAGUGGAACUUUAAAAGUUCAAAAAUUCAAGUUCGAAAAGUUAAAAUGAGAUAAGUAACAUUUUUUUGUUAUCAUAAUCCAACCCCGGUCAAAAUUUAGAUGCCGUCAGUCAAUCUCCGGCGCUUCCACGAAUUUUCAAAAGAAGCCGCAAACCUCCAUCGUUCCGGAUUUCUCGAAGAGUAGGCAACGUCAUCGAGAGUUGACGUCUCCCCCUCUCUCUCUCCUAGCAACAACGCGAGCGUCUUCGCUCACCGCCCAACGUUGGAAGUCUGCCUGCAGCUGUGGACAGGGGACAGAAAUUGACGUUUGAGGAGCAAUGUUGCCAGAUGCAUUGCAGAUUGGAUACCUAAUGAGGUCAUACGUCUAAAAACUAGGAAUUAUUUUUAUGGUAGUUCGGCGUCAAAUAGAGACACAAUAUUUUUUUAGAUUGGAAUACACGUGGUUUGCAAUGACUCAAUUUUGGCAAGAUUUUUGAAGAUACGUGACUUAAUCCGUGGUGGCACAUUAGAAACGGGACUCCCCCAUAACACCCCAACACACGGGCAGUCUUCAAUCAUCAUUGAAACUAAUGGCCAUUGAAUCAGCACGUAGCGCCACCAAGCGUGUAACGUCUCAGCCUCUCAAAGGGCCUUGGUUCCAUUGUUUCCUGACAGGUUAAAGCAUUACACACUUGGUGGCGAUACACCAUUCAAUGACCACUAGCCAUUGGUUUCAAUCAUGAUUGAAAUCAAUGACACCAAGCGUGUAACGUAUCAGCUUCUCACAGGCCCUUGGAUCCAAUGCUUCCUGACAGAUUACACACUUGGUGGCGAUACGCCAUUCAAUGACCAUUGGCCAUUGCUUCCAAGCGUGUAACGUGUCAACAUCUCAAAGACCAUUAGAUCCAAUUAUCUCUGACAGGUUGACUCGCUAGACGCUUGGUGACGCUACGCGCAUCUGCAAUGGCCGUUGAUUCCAAUUAUGAUUGAAGACUGCCCGUGGGACGGAGUAUAACACUCUUGGAAACAACAGCUGCACUGAAUGAUACCGUUCUAUUUCUGGAUCCGUUGAAGAUGGCAGGCGUUCGCCUUUUCGUGGCAAUUUGGACGCAUGCCAAAUUGCAUUGCCAUGUCAGGAAACGGCGUACGCAACGCUCUCUCAUGAAGCUGUAUCAUUCGGAGCAGUGUCGUGCGGUUCUGUUCUGUUCCGUUCGGUUAAGUUCUGUUCCCAGUGCGCGCAGGUACUGUAGUUAACCGAACGACUCUGGCAAUUUGUAAAAGCUUACAUGCACUGAUUCGUUUCGUGUGCUAGUAAUGCAUGGAACGGAAUUUAGUGGGAACCGGAAAUUAAUUUAUGCUGCAGACAUCGUUGGAACGGUGCUUCCUUUCAUCCUUAAUUAAGACACUAUAGAGGGAAAGAAAACGAAGUGGAACCGCUACAUAGGAUCUAACGCGCGUUUACGAAUGGAACAAUAGGUGCCUGUCAGUAAACAGGAGCAUUCAGCCUUGCUUCUUUUUUCUUUUUUUUUUUUGUUGUGCCAUUGUCUCAGGCCAAUUUAAUGAGAAAACACACUGUAAAAGGCCAUCAAUAACGACAAACUUUAAACGCGACAACUAAUCCAGCUGAAUAAAUUAUAGUAGAAUGCGGAAAGUUCACGCAUAUUUCUCUUGCGGAGCAUUGAUCACAACAUUGCACUAAAAAAAUCAGAAACUUGCAAAGUAAUCAACUAUGAGUAACCCACUUUCCGCAAUUAAUGACGUUCUCUGUAACCAACGGCAGCAUGAAUUACUUUCGAUGUUAUACGUAAUUGUAAUGCACUUUGAGUAACUUUUUGAAUCACUGCAUACGAUUUGGGAUUCACGUUCAUGUGAACCAUUUUUACGAUGUCCACGGUUCGUACUCACUUGCGAAAGAUGGGGCCACUUUCGACGGUUUUCCUGUGGCAUUCACCAAGUCAUCUUCCCCUUCAGUGAUAUUACCGUAUUGGUAUCGCGUUCCUUCAGGGAAAAACUUACACAGCAACAACAAUGUACUGAAAGGAAUGUAGCUCAGUGUAUCUGAAUUACUUUUCAGAGUGGUUAAAAUUGACACAAUGAUAGCUACCGGUUUGUAAUUACCGGUUUGUAAUACUAAGUGAAAUUUAUUUCCUUUUAAAGACAUAUAGUUGUACUACUUCUGAAAAAUAAUAUUUAUAGGUCUACUCAUAACAUGAAAGACCCAUGCAAAUAUUUCUCAUUAUUAAAUUGCGAGAGCGUAAGCAGGGUAACUAUGUCAAAAUCAUCACGAAUUCAUACCUGGGACAACCGCACACGCACCGAUACACAGCACCGUGUAACUAUUAAUCUCCAAUAGGUAGUUGUAUAAGGAGACGUUUCACGCAAAAAAAGAAAUCCGCGCGCUUUCUUGUUUUGGGUGAUGUCCCAAUAUUUGAUCCAAUAUGAUUCCUUUCCUCUAAUGGAAUAUAGAGGGUGAUACGAAGAGGCCUUUUAGUGAAGGAGAUACUGGCCCGACGCCGUUGGUCGUAAGUUACGUGCUGCUCAUGCGUUAAUUUCUCGGCCGCGAAUGCAUCUGUGCUUUCCGCGCACGAAUGCGAUGCUCCAAACAAAAGUACGUGUAACGCUGGGGAUCUAGCAGCAGAUGGCACGGUCCCAUUCGCAUCUUCACUGUGCCUUUCUAGAUUGUUCUGUCCCGUAGUUACAGGUUAGUCUUGGUGUUCGUCGAGGCUAUACGUUUAUAUAUUUCGCUUGGAUGAAGCGUGCUGCGCUUGCUUGCACUUCAGCUGAUAUGCAGCUAAGAAAGCAACCUGCCGAAUGUAAGCCGAUAUCUAUACGUUUCUUGUACAUGUCUCAUGUAUUUGUCUGUUGAACGUGCACACAUGGUUCGUUACGUUUUAGUUUCCCUACACAAGAGGUUUGUGUUUCCUUCAUGACGGUGAUAUGUAUCUUUUUUUUUUUACUAUACUUUUCACCGAAUGACAUGCACUUGACAAUGGGUUCGGAUUUGCAGCAGAAUUUUAUUGUGCGUCAGCGGGAGCAGCGAAUAAAAUCCUGAAAGCCGUGCUUCAAGUGGCUUUUUAUAAACGAAUGAUAUUUAUUUUAUUUCGUGUUAUCAAUAAACCACGCUCACAGAGUCAGUACACAAAAUAUAGAUGCAGUCAGUGAUGAUUACGCACAGAACCCGCAAAAUUUCUGCGAGCAGCACAUAUUGGCCAUACCGGUCCAGUAUUAGAACCAAUAUCGGACCAGCAUUGCCCACAUCCAGCUAGUAUUGUGGCCAUGAUGUUGUGCUGCUUGUUAUAUAGUUUCGGAUCCUCCCGGCGCUCUGACAUCUGCGUUCGUCUUCGCUCUCCGCCCCACGUUGGAAGAAUAUUGCGGCACAACGCAUAUACUCGGUCGUAUCCUGAGGGCGGAGUUUCAUGCUCCGCCGUGGGGCACUUUAAUGCCUCUUCCACUCGGGUAACUUCAGCAAUGGUCUCUGAACAUGCCCGGAGCGCCACCUAGCGUCUAACGUGUCUACCCUUCAGGGAGCAUUGAAUCUGAUGCUGUUUGAGAUGUUGCCCGUUACACGCUUGAUGGCGCUACGCAUGAAUAUUACCUUUGAACCUUAUUGAACAGGACGCGCAUGUUCAAUGUAGUGCCUGUGUACUGAAAGGGAAUCUGACCCUUAGGAGGAGAGUAGAAACGAGGGUCGACCUGUCAAUCAAACUUCGGCGCACUACAUUGGUUGACAUUUUCCAUGGGGAUCGCCAUGACACGAAAAUUUCUCCAAAAUGGAGGAUGGUGCUUGGAACGGCGAAGCGGAGAUUUCGUGACCAAAAAAUUUUCACAGGCUACUCUAAUUUCAUACUCAUGUACGCAACUGCAAAAUGAGCUUCAACUUUCGUUCCGCCAUCAUUAUUUACGCCAAAAUUUGAUGUUUCGUAGCUAACAUUAGGCAUAGUUAAACGAGCACUGAGGUGACCCCUAAAUUUUUUUGUUUUAUUUUGCGGUGCAGAGUGUUCUCCAACGAAUAAAAUGAGUUCCCGCGAGAGAACGAUGAGCUUAGGUGACCUACGGAGCGAGCGCGAGGGCUCUGCUCUCCACACCUUUGAAAGAUUCUCCUCCUCGUGAAAAGAGCGCAUCGCAGAACGAGAGGACGUCGUGACGUAUGCUACUCCUCUCACGUGACCAGUGACGUACAGCGGCACAGCUCAAGCAUGUGUAAGCGGCGCGUGAGCUUCGAAGGAAAAGCAAAGAAACAAGGCACGGAGCCUCCGAUACGUCACGCAAGAAUCGAGUCGGCCGUCUGCGGCUGCUUUCUCAGAUUAUUUUUUUUAUAAAUUCGAUUGUACAGCUGUAACGCUCCGCAGAGCGAAAAUAUUUUACAUAGUGACUCCUGGUGGACAGCUUGACAGACGAGGAAGGAUUUCGAGCGAAGUUAAAUGUCACCUCAUUGUUCCGUUAGACCGCGAUCCGAAGAAAAUAGCAAGAAAGACGCCACUGAUGCGGAAGAGUUUGCAUUAUAUCAUUGAAUUUUAUUGAUACAUACAUCUUUGCGCAUUUUUUGUUCAAUCAACUUACGUUACGUGAUUUAAAAGUUCAUACCGGCAGCCGUCUGCUACGAAGAAGCGGUUCUACCGCCUCUCCUGGCCAAUCACUCCUGUCACCAACCAUUUCUGUAAUUCUGAGUCUUCCCAGCAUGCCUCUCUCCAUACAGACGGCAUUGAUAAAAGUGGGUGCAAUAUCCGACGUUUUGGCUUAUCACAGGUGAUAUCCGUUUCAAUCCAAAGCAAUCUAGUUUCUCCAAAAUGGUGCCGCCCAGUACAUAAGGGUGAGGUGUACGCACUCGACGGCCUGUAAUAAUAGGGAACUGUAUUUCGACCUGUAAUUGUGAUUCUUCUUAUAUGUGUAGGAUUAUAUUCUUAGUGGGACAGGACCGUAUCACGGGGAUCGUCCUCACGGUCCAAUCGAAUUUUGUAUUUUUCGCCUGACACAAAUAAAAUGAAUCUUGAAUCUUGAUUGGCUAUAUACCUCAAAACGUGCUUGGAGACUCAGGUACAUGCAGGUCCCAUUAAUGGCCAGACUCUCUUUUAAUACACAGAACUGCUCCGUCGUACUGAGUGCACUUGCACUAACACGAGCGUGAAGGAUGUAUUAUUCUGUGGCGUAUAGUCACAACUAUAGGGCAAAUGACAGCAAAUUGCUGUCAUCAGCAAAGUCUUAUUGACAGUUAUGGUUGAAUAAAGAAGGCCUCAUGUAGGUUGUAAGGGAUGCUGUGUGAAACAUGGAGGAUAUUUUAAAAACGGGCAGUACUGACGCAAACCACGUCACUUCUCAGCGCUGCUUUAGCUAGGGACGUCUUGAGGUCGAUCGCAUUUCAAAGAAGUACUUCGUUGACUAAAUUGAAAUUGAAAUUCAGAUAUGAGCCAUGUAGAAUAAACCUAAUGAUAAAGCUCAUUAGAAGAAAAUAUCCUUAGACGAGGCAUUCAUAGUUCACGCAUGACACAGACUAACUUGAUAGAAAGUACCGUGCUCAGGGGUGUUUCUUUGUGGAGCUACGUACAAUAUUGUCAGCGUUUGUUAUUUCAAAUUAGUUAAAUUAUGCUCGCGUUUGCUUGCUACCCAUUUUUGUGCUCAACCCCAACUUCGUCAGUUUUUUACAAAUAUGAUCUUUAGAGAGUCUCCGUCCGCGUUCGUAAUUAGCUGGCCGACUCCAUGGUUAUGCCAUACGGGCAGCGCUGUCGUGGCUCUUUGACGCAUAAUAAGCAGACAACUUGCACCGCAUAUUUCAGUGAAAGUCGCAUAGGACUUCGAGCGCCCUCGCGGCGUUUGCAGCUGGAAUGUUGUCAAUGAAACCUUUCUGAGUACAGCUCAAAUGAGGGGUGGCCGCAAUAUCACUCAGAGGGAAACGACGUUAGCCGCAUCCAGGGAGUAGACGUCGUCACCAUUUUUUCGGCGUGUUUCGAAAGGACAAUUAAGAAAUGCUGUGGCCUGCCUGCCAUAAUUUGCGUGGAAAAUACAAUGCCUUGCGUGAAGGAGUAAUGGCAUACAGUCGUUUGGGACGGUUUAGAAGGCUUGCCUCUUUAAGAUCGGACGGUAUGCUGUGACGUCAUUGACUUUUGUGAACCCCAAAAUGUCUCCCAUGCGAAUACAGCCGCGUGAUUGAACAAGAGCCGAAGCUUGAAUAGAGUGAGAAAACGAAAGAGAGCUCUAACAGUUACUGUGACGACCAAAUUCCCACAUGGUUUUUCGUGCACGCUUUCCUUCCGCUAUCAACGCGUACUCCAAAACUUCAUUGUAUCAGCUGCCGUGUAUGUUCCUUGUUUUUGUAAAUAUUAUUAAAGAGGCGCAAAAGUGCAAAAAGUUCUCCGCGACGAAUGAAAUAUUUUGUUACUUUGACACAAACAUAAAAGGAACGGGAUUCUGGGAAACCGCAAUUUACGCUUUCCCUCUCCGCCUCCUUUUCAAGAAGGCCGACACUGCGGAGGAGGACGACACUGGUCUGGUCUGCUCUACUAUAACGUGUCCCGCCACUUCUUUUUGUUUUCUCCAGUGACAUAGUGGCACGUACAAUAUUGUAGGUAAACUUGCCUUCUAUGAGGCACGAAGUAUUGCUUCUGCUUUUCUCUAUGCUUUUCUUCGCUGCUUCACUUUCAACGUCUGUUACACUAUAUAGAGCUGACUGCAUCACUAGUCUUCAUUGUGCUCUGUAGCCCUGAUACGACACAGCGGCGACUUCCAUAUAGACAGGAGUUUGUACCGGCUGUAUUCUCCAUUCAAUAUAGCCCGAAAGGGUUUGCUCUUACAAUAUUUCAUCACGAUAUAACAUUCCUCAGAAGGUUAGUGCUGGUGUCAUGACGCAAUGUUAUGCGCGAAGGAAAUGUCACUGUGUCAUUUUCUAGAUCAUUCCACGUUUCCACUCAUGCGCCAUUGUUUCGGUUUGUGAUAUACUACAUUUACCGGUUAAUAAAUUUAUUGAAGGAUUUGCUGGGCAUUACAUGGU